AUUACAACAUCGGGCGGAUCGGGGUUGAUCCGCUGAUCGGGGCGACUCGCAGUAGCCGCGGUACACUGACAUGUCUGAUCGCCGUAUUUUGUGUUGUGAUCGCGUACGAUGAGACGGUUUGGCUCGCUGGCCGGCGCGUAAGAUGUUGGAGCCACGAUUUUGUAUUCGUCACGAUCAUCAGCGUUCUACUCGCGUCUAGGAGUAGGCGACGGCCUCUCAUCAGGGAAAUCCGCAUCCUAAUAUCAAACCGUCAGAGCAGCACAGAAUCGCAGGGGAAGGAAGGAUAUCCUGUCGCCUCGUCGUCCCUGCGGCGGCGUCCAAAGUUUGCGGCCAAACAACGCGACGACCACCCCGCCAAGAUGCCCGGAAUCAUGAGUGUCGACGAGUUUGUGUCCGAGACGCAAGAGGACUACAACUCUCCGACCACCUCGACGUUCGUGGGCAAAAUGAAUUACUGCCGUCAGAGCGUCAACCUGCUCGAAGAGACGUUGGACUUUGACAGGGAUGGCCUUACAAAGAUGAAGAAAGCUGUGAAGGCCGUUUACAAUAGCGGAAACACUCACGUCGACAACGAAGUGUACCUCUCCAAGGCACUCGAAAGGCUAGGUGCCAAUGCAGUAACGAAAGAUCAGGAGCAAGACAUUGGAGCAGCAUUCCUUAAGUUUUCGGUUGUGACGAAGGAACUAUCAGCACUUAUGAAAACGCUGAUGCAAAGUUUGCACAACAUUAUCAUGUUCCCAUUGGAUAACUUACUAAAAGGAGAUUUGAGAGGCGUCAAAGGGGACCUCAAGAGGCCGUUUGACAAGGCGUCUCGAGAUUAUGAGGCCAAGUCAACAAAGAUCGAGAAAGAGAAAAAGCAGCAAGCCAAGGAAGCAGGCCUCAUAAGGACAGAGAUUUCGGCUGCGGAGAUUGCAGAUGAAAUGGAAAAGGAAAGAAAAAUGUUCCAGCUUCAGAUGUGCGAGUAUCUACUCAAAGUGAACGAAAUUAAGACAAAGAAGGGCGUGGAACUGCUCCAGCACCUCGUCGAAUUCUACCACGCGCAGAACAAUUUCUUUCAAGAUGGCCUGAAGACCAUCGGCCACUUCAACAACUACAUCAUCGAGCUGUCGAGCAAGUUGCAGCGGGUGAGGCAGAAGCAAGACGAGGAGCGCAAGAAGCUCAUCGAUCUGAGGAACACUUUACGGAGUUCGCCAUCCCUUGACAUCAAAGAUGUUGGUGCAACUGGCUACAGCCUGCACCAGCUACAGGGGAACCAGCACUAUGGCUACACCAAAGUCGGCCACCUCCUCAAAAAGUCUGACGGAAAGAUGCGUCGUGUCUGGCAGAAGCGCAAGUGCGAAGUCCGGGACGGUUACCUCUACAUCUCCCACUCGGAUGAAACGAAAGCUCCUACAAAGCUCAACCUGCUGACGUGCCAAGUGAAGAGCAUUCAGGAGGAGAAGCGAUGCUUUGACCUAGUCUCUUACAAUCGAACCUACCACUUUCAAGCGGAUGACGACUCUGAAAUGGAAGCGUGGAAGGCGGUGUUGGUGAACUGCAAGGAAGGCGCGCUUCGCAAGGCGUUCACGGAGCCCGGCCAGGCCGGGGGCGGAACGGGCAACCAGAGCCUUCUCGAGUUCCAGCAGUCCAUCAUCCGCCAGGUCCAGCUCCUGCCCGGAAACGACCGCUGCUGCGACUGCAGCUCCACUAAAGAUCCGACGUGGCUAUCCACGAACUUUGGCAUUUUGACCUGCAUCGAGUGCUCUGGGGUGCAUCGGGAGCUCGGGGUCCACAUCUCCAGGAUCCAGUCCCUGACGCUCGACAAUCUGGGAACCUCGCAACUUCUGCUGGCAAGAGUGAUGACAAAUAAUGGCUUCAACGAGACUAUGGAGGCUACGAUGACACAGUCAAGGAAGCCCAGUCCAAGUAGUCCCAUGGAGGAACGAUGCGAGUUUAUUCGUGCAAAGUACUUGGAGCGCAAGUUCGCCGUGAAGACGUGCUCGGACGAGAAUGACCUGUUGCAAGACUUGGGGCAUGCUGUAAUGGCAAGACACCUCUACCAGCUGCUGCAGGCCUUUGCAGAGGGAGCCAUUCUCACCGCCGUGCUUCCAAACUACCAAAACACAGCCGACACUGCGCUUCACGUGGCCGUUGCUCAAGAAGAUGGCACCUCUCUUCACAUUGUAGAUUUCCUGGUGCAAAACAGCCCCAGCCUAGACAUGCAGAACAAAGCUGGCAACACUCCAGUCCACACGGCGGUGCUGCACAACCAGACGGAAUGCAUCAAGCUCCUGCUUCGAAGCGGAGCAAGCGUGGACGUCAGGAACGCCGACAACAAGACGCCGCUGGAUCUUGCCAGGGAGCUGAAUCAUCACAUCUGCCUCGAACUGAUUGAGCACUCGCUGCAGAACAAAAAGACACUGUUUGAGAAUGUCAACAUCGACUGGGGCCUCACGCAAGAGGACGGUUCCACCGACUUCAGCGACGACGACUACCCAGAGGAUCGACUGACCUCGGAUUGGAAAAGGUCAAGGCCGUCAAGCGUUGUCAGCAACGAGUCGACGCGCCCCGAAUCGGCCAGUCCACAGCCAUGCCCCAAGCCCCCGCCUCCACCGCCACAGAAUCGCAAGCCAGUCAUUCCGGGACUGAAUGCGCAUGGGUCGAUGAAGAAGCGGGCGGCCCCCAUGCCCCCCCAGGGGGGCUUCCCCACCGGCCAGGGCCCUAGUCACUCCCGCACCCCGUCGGACCCCUGCUUCUCCCAGAAUGCCCUGGGCACCGUGCACAAGCGCAACCCUUCCAUGGACCUGGCCUCGAGCUCGUCCAUGGACUCCUCCUCGGAGAUCAGCUCCUCCAACCACUCCACCCUCGGCUCAAGUUCCUCCCGCCAGAACCUUUCCCAGGGAUCAGAUGCCCACAGCUCUGUUCUAAAAGGAAUGGAGGAGCGGCCCACCUUCGGCACCCUGCAGAGGCCAAAGUGCCCUCCACCACCCACGCCCGGAGCUAUGGCGGCCGUGGCCAACAGCUCCGUGGACGCGGUGGCCCCGAGCAACGGGAGGCUGGGCUCUGACGCCGGGGGACCGCAGAGUCCGGAGGUUGCAGAGCCUCCGGUGCCUCCGCCACGGAAGGUGGGCCACGCCCUCGUUCACCUUUGGUACACUGGACUCUGUCCCAGGCCCUCCGCUGCCAAGAUUCCCCCUUUGAAAAAGCCCACUGAUGGACAAGCAGACCAGCAGGUGAGCGAAUCCAAUGAUCGCGUUCCCGCGAAGACAAGACGCCGGUGCCGGGCGCUGUACGACUGCUGCGCCGACCAGCGGGAUGAACUGUCGUUUGCCGAGGGCGAGAUCAUCGUGAUCAUCAGCGAGAUCACCGAAGACGACCAAUGGAUGGAAGGCAUGAUCGAGGGGGAGCCCCAUCGCAGGGGAGUCUUCCCCACCAGCUUUGUUCACAUGCUGUCGGAUUAGUGCCUCUCCCCUUCCCCCAAGUGAGAUUAUCCCCUCCCCCCUUAAUCCACCAAGCUCUUAAUCUCGAAUCCUUUUUCCCGUUUUCCCGACGACUUACUAUGUAUUCCCCGAGAGAGCUGGUCUCUCUUUAGGAGCGAGCGCUGGGGCAAGGCGCUUGUUUGUACAUACGGUUCCUUUACUCCUGUUAUUUCUUUUGUUCCUUCGUAAAACGAAAAAGCGAAGAAAAAGAAAAAAAAAACAUUACCGGCACAGAGUCUUCCAAGUAGCGAAACAUUUGCAUGAGGUUGUGGCAAGACUGCCUCCAUACGGACCUUUGCUCGCAAAGUUGGAGUUGGUUGUAAUAUUUAUGAGUGCAGACGACGCCCGUUUGUCUUCGAAGGCACUGGCCGACGCAGGCCUUCAACUGAGGGUUAGUGUCUCGGCUCAAAUGCAUGCCAAACGUAACACUGCAUCACGCUUUCCUAUAGACGUCUUCGACUGCCUUUCCCAAUUGGACAGUUGGUGGCAUAGCUAGCUCCACUUUGCGAAACAACUUCGCUUACAGUGGGGUCAGACGUAACCUUGGGCACAUUUUUUGCGAAGUUUAGUCAACUUUUUCCGCUCUUAAUCAUACAUUGUUUGCCUGGAAACUUAAUGACUGAUUUCCACAUUUUGAAUUGUGCCGAUUUUCCCAGCACUCUACCCAAGCGACAGAACAAAAUGUAGCGUGUACAUAGAUAGGAUUUUUUUUUUUUAUAAGGAUGGAGAAUAUGAGAUACAUAUAUAUAUAUAUAUACUUUUGAAACUGCUCAAGUAUGUGAUGAUUAGUCAAGACGUUUGCACAGGGUGUUCCAUGGCUUGACGGCGAGGGUUUUGCGACUUCAGGCGCGAAUUGUCGCGUCUUUUGUCUAUUUGGGUGUCAGUUUUAAGAACCAAGACUCGUUUUAUAUUUGUUGUGUAGAUGGAAAGAAAGAAGCUCAUCCACUCCUCUUGAUUUUAAUCAUUUAGCAUCUUUAGUCUCACACAAAUUGCCUCAGUAAUACAGGUACCGCACAUCUAAAGUAGUAUACAGUUCCGCAUUUGUGGUGCCUAUUUGUGCGUUGACGUUGCGGCUCACGUCGUACCUCAAAUGUUUCCUUUUUUCUUUUUUUUCCUUGCAACACAGCCACACGAGCGAUUUUCAGUAGCGCUUGUUCUAUAGUUGCAAGUUUGGGUGCGAGAGAGUCGGAACAGGGCAAGAUGGAAAUGUUUCUUGAGCAGUUUCAUUUAACAUAAAAAUUUCUGAAAUGACGGAGGAAAACACGCUUAGUUUUAUAAUCCCAUUCUGUGUGCGCAAAAUCGUUUUCGGUUUGUCUUGGUCGAGUGCCAUGCUCUAAAGCUAUGCGCAGACUAAAUUUACGAUUAUUUGCAUAGAUUGUGCUGAACACGGUGCUCCGGGGUAUGACCUCCUAGCACAGCAGAGCACACCCAGUGAUUGUAGGUACGAGCUUUUUGUUUCCCGUAGACGGAAGGAGCUGCCGCGGUUGUGCUUAUUGUUGAACCAGUGUUCCAGUUCUACGAGGAACCCAACCGAUGAACACAGUUUGAUCGGGGUCCCUGGUCUAGUAGUAUUUGAGCAAGCUUCCUUUUUGGGGCACACAUCAACAACUCCAUCUGCACAAAGAAAAAAAAAAAAAAAAAAAGAAAGAAAGAUUGUAUGCAAAUCCAACUUUUUCUUACAAAUGAUGGAAAGGAAAAGCUGCGAUGCAAGUACAAGUAUUCUAGUCGGAACAAGUGAGCUGCGUAAACUCUUGUGUUUUGUCCUUCCAUCUCCCUUGUAAUCCUGGUACAUAUAUAUAUAUAUAUAUAUUAUAUAUAAUGCGCUAUAUCACAUGCUACUGCCAAACGGAUUUUAUACGCCGACAUCUGAGAACUUGCUGUACAUAGCAACUCUGACAGCAUUUACGGUGUCCAACAUUUCCACUUUUUCACUGGAACGGCAUUUUUCUAGGCCGAGCUGUUUUCGGGCUCUUACCAGAGCCGUGUUGGCAAGAAUGAAAAAGGGCUAAAACAAAAAUAAGAGAAAUGGUUGUAGUACUAAUACAAAACUCGUUCAUGCAAGUUUUUGCUGUUCUUAUCGUCCUUGUGUUUGUGUUUUUGUUUUAAGGGUACAGUUCUCGUGUUGGUAGUGUGUUUACCAGCUCUUUGUGCGUGCGUGUGUAUGCCAUUGGCGAAAAAAAGAAUUUGGGAGACCCAGGUGACCACAAAUCAACCUUUUUUUCGUUGUAGUGCUUGUGUAGACUACGCAGAAAGCAGUGUGUACUAUGUAAAACCUUGUGAACCUUACAAUAAAAAAAAGAGACAAGCCAA